UCUAAUUUACUGUCGACAUGGUUUUGUCAGCUCCAUGGCUAGAAUAGUUAAAUUAACUAGUGGACAGAAUAUUCCACAUUUUCCUGUAGUGUAUGUAUCGGAAUUUCAGCUUAAAUGAAAGAUGACCAUGUUGUUUAAUCUUUGUUUUAAAAUUAUUUAAUCUACGCCAUUGACAGACAACCGUGACUGACAGAAGAUUUGUUCGUGUUAAACAGCGUUUUUUCCAACUCUGUUACUAUCAUAAUAAAAUUACAUAAUAAUAUGGUGAAAAGAAUUAAUUAAAGGUAAUUUAGACUUGUCAUGAACUGAUACCUGGACUCAGUGGCGACAGUGGACAUUUUGUGAAACAACAUGGCGACCAUAAAUCAUACAGCGGGAAUAUCCAAUAGUGGAACAUCAAUGUCUAACGUCUCAAGUUCAUAUUCAGGUUUUGAUUAUAUGGAAAUACUCAUGCAGUCGAAAACAGAGAAAACUUUAGAACAUACGACGGAAUAUAUUUUGAUCACAUGCUUUGCUAUUCUAAUAACGUUUGGUGCGGCUGGAAAUGGCUUGGUAUGUUUUGUGGUAACCAGAAAUGCCCAGAUGAGAACUCCGCGCAACAUUUUCAUUAUCAAUUUAGCUAUUUCCGAUUUUACGCUAUGUUUAUUCACGCAACCCUUAAACCUCUAUAAAAUUUUACAAUACCACUGGACCUUAGGGAGUUUUAUGUGUAAAUUUGCCACCAUGUUUCAAGGUACGAAUGUCUUCGUAUCAACGAUUAGCAUCACCGCCAUAGCGUUAGACAGAUUUCAGGUGAUUGUGUAUCCUACAAAAGACAGUAUGAAGCGAGCAGGUGCGGCCAUUGCGUUGAUAAGCAUCUGGCUUAUAUCAUUUUUAAUGGCUAGUCCAUUCCUUCUGUUUUCUAUUUUAAAAAAGGCCCAGCCGCUACCCGAUUUUGAUUUCUAUAUCCAUAUCUGUAUAGAGGAUGUGUUUUUGAUGACCGAGAAGAGGGCGUACUCGGUUGCUCAGAUUGUUGUUCAAUACGUACUUCCUAUUGUUAUUGUUAUUGUAGCUCAUCUAAGGAUAUGUAAUAAAUUAAAAUACAGAAUGGUUAAUCAAAGUAAUCCGGUUGGAGCCAGAUCACCAUAUCAGAGGAAGAAAAACGAACGUCAAAGAAAUCGCAAGCGGAAGACUAACUUCCUUUUAAUCGGCAUUGCCGUUGUUUUUGCGCUUAGCUGGUUACCGUUGAAUAUUUUCAAUCUGCUGAGUGAAUUUAACGUGGACGUUUUUAGAUCAGAUCUCCAGGGUGAAAAUCGUAAUAUUAACAUUAGUUUAGCCUAUGCUAUUUGUCACAUGCUAGUGUUGGCGUCUGCUUGCUUAAACCCGGUCCUGUAUGGGUGGUUAAAUGAUAAUUUCAGGACAGAAUUUAUGAAGGUUUUGUGUUGUCAGUGCUGCAAAAACGUCCAAGCGUGGUUAAAGCGAGCUCCGUGCUGUCCUAAACCAAACAUUCAGAACUCUAAUGUUCCGGCGAUUACAUUCACGACAGCGGGUACUAAUGGCGGGUCGUGUCACGUUGACGAUGAUGAUUUUACAAUAACUCCAGCUAAAUCUUUUGAUGAUGUAUCUCAUGUUGAAGCAGAAGGGGAACCGGCUAUACCUUUAAAACACGAACUCGGAUUUAAAACUCCACAAUUUGGAUGCUCUUUAACACCGUAGAUGAUUGCAGGAACUUUCGAUUAUGAAAAAUCAUGGAAAUGUCCUGAAAGAGUAAAGGUAUUUAAUGUGACGAUCCAUUUAGGGCUUAAUACUGAAGAUCUGUAUCAUUGGCACUAAUAAAAGUAAUAGAAAGAGAAAUGCAAACUCCUAUGAGUAUAUUAUAUAAAUCGUUUGUGAAAGGCGAUUCGGAUUGCAGCUAUAUAAUUAUUAGUUUGUUAUAUAUGACGGAAUUUUAUCUUAAUAUCCCUUAACAGUGGGUUUAAUGUGGGAAAUCGCAGUAAAUUGAUGAUAAUAACAGCUUUUAUGUUUGCAAGAUUUAUGAGCCAACGUGAUCUAACUCUUAAUAAUAGCAUGAAAUGACUCAAGAUAAAAGAUGUCGUAAAUAUGCAUUGAACAAUCCGCGUGUGUGGUAUGCUCUGAAAGGUUAAAGGGAUUUCAAAAAGCUCUGUGCACCAAAGAAUAGUGAAUAAUAAACAGUUUAUAUAGUCAGAGAUAAAAUCACUUUAGCAUUAUUAAAGGGGGGGGGGGCAUAAAUUUAAAGUAAAUAUUAUAAGUUAAGUACAUCUUGACCAUGGAAUGUGAACGUAUUUUAAUGUGAUAAUGUUUUAAUAGAUGAAAACGUUAAUGUGUGAACGACAAACAACUUUGUAUAGAAUUUAGAGGACUGUUUUGUGUAUUCCAUACGGAGCGGUCGUGGUGGUUGAUGGGUAGGGAAGCAAUGUCCAUGGUUCGAGUGGGCCGGGAUGUUUCAAGCCAGGUUCACAGUUUUCAGGGGUGACUCCGGUUUGACUGACAGAAAAAGUAUGCUUAGAUAUUCGGGUUGGAUGAAAACCCGUGACUCAGCCUUGUACACGCUUCGGGCACCUAAAUGUACUCCUGGAAGUUGAAAUCUCAAGAAGCGUAUGCGAUCGCUGCACAAUCUCGACCUCUAAUGAUUUAAGAGGAAUGAAAUGA